AUGGAGAAGCUUGUUGCUGCGGGAAUUGGGAAUCGACCUGUUGUUUUUGUUACUCACAGCAUGGGGGGUUUGGUCGUGAAGCAGAUUCUUCAUACAGCAAAGGAGGAAAAACAUGAUAAUCUUGUGAAUAACACUAGAGGAAUAGUGUUUUAUAGCUGUCCACAUUUUGGCAGCAAACUUGCUGACAUGCCUUGGCGAAUGGGCUUUGUACUUCGUCCUGCUCCAUCGAUAGGAGAGCUAAGAAGUGGAUCUUCAAGAUUGGUCGAGCUUAAUGAUUAUAUUCGGCUACUUUAUAAGAAAAGCAUUCUUGAUGUUCUCAGUUUUUGUGAGACCAAGGUAACUCCAAUAGUGGAAGGUUAUGGCGGAUGGGCCUUUCGAAUGGAAAUUGUACCAAUUGAGUCAGCUUAUCCAGGAUUUGGGGAACUAGUUGUAUUGGAGUCGACAGAUCAUAUAAAUUCUUGCAAGCCAGUGAAUCGCCUAGACCCUUCUUAUACGGAGACAUUAAAGUUCUUACAAAAAUUAAAAGCAUGCUAUACCUAA